UUGCGCUUGCUCUGUGAGGAAGCCAUGGCGCACAGUCGUUGACUAGAGCGAGCAGCAUUGUAUUUCGACCUGGUCAUCCUAGCUUUACGUCUCGCCGACUCAUCACAUCCCAACAAUGUUAUGGCCUGAAGAAUGUAAAGACAGUUGAUUUUAGGACAGUUAUUUUACACCAAAUACCAGGUUCAACUAACUUGUAGAGACGGCUAGAAAUGGAUGAUGUCAAGGAACUUUCCUCUGAGCGGAUUCUUCUGGAACCAUACAAGUACUUGCUGCAGCUGCCAGGAAAGCAAGUUAGGACGAAACUUUCCCAAGCAUUUAACCACUGGCUCAAUGUACCAGAUGACAAGCUCCAGGUGAUCAUCGAGGUGACGGAGAUGCUCCACAACGCCAGUCUGCUGAUUGAUGACAUCGAGGAUGGUUCCAAGCUGCGUCGGGGCUUCCCUGUGGCCCACAGCAUCUACGGCGUCCCCUCCGUCAUCAACUCCGCCAACUACGUCUACAUCCUGGGUCUGGAGAAGGUGCUCACCCUACAGCACCCCGAAGCCGUCAAGGUGUUCACCAGACAGCUGUUGGAGCUGCACCGAGGCCAGGGUCUGGACAUCCACUGGAGGGACACCUACACCUGCCCCAGCGAGCAGGAAUACCGCACCAUGGUCCUUCAGAAGACCGGGGGUCUGUUCGGCCUGGCCGUGGGCCUCAUGCAGCUGUUCUCAUCCUGGCAGCGUGACCUCAAACCCCUGCUGGACACCCUGGGGCUCCUCUUCCAGAUCCGCGACGACUAUGCCAACCUGAACUCUCGCGAGUACAGCGAGAACAAGAGCUUCUGCGAGGACCUGACGGAGGGCAAGUUCUCCUUCCCCACCAUCCACGCCAUCUGGUCGCGGCCUGAGAGCACGCAGGUACAGAACAUCCUGCGGCAGCGCACGGAGAACAUGGACAUCAAGCGCUACUGCGUGGACUACCUGGAGAAGGUAGGCUCCUUCUCCUACACCAGGCAGACCCUGCGCAGCCUGGAGGCCGAGGCUUACCGCCUCAUCGCCGACCUGGGGGGGAACCCCGAGCUAGAGAGUCUGAUCAAGCACCUGAGUAUGAUGUACCAGGAGCCUGAGGCCGGGGCUGGGGCCAGGGCUGGGGUCGAGGCCGGGGCUGGGGCCGGGCUGAAGAGCAGCCCGGAGAAUCACUGACCUCACAUAAACCUGCUACUACCACACAAGCUCACCCUCAUGUAUAAUCCCAGGGCAGGUACACGCCAGGGCUGCAUCCAUCUGGAGCCAGCCAACACUCCCUGUGACCUUUACAGAGCAAUGCAUCAACAGAGGAGCUGGCAGGCUCCACUCCUAUUACUCCAGAAAACAUUGAGUGCCAAGUUGUAGGCACCUCUUAUGUGGAAAAGAUUACCCCCCACUUGCAGAAAAACACAGCAUUGUUUCCAUGCAUGGCAACAGACUGAAGUGUGGAAUACCAACCCAGCAGGGCUGUGAACGGAGGAGAAAAGCAUGACGGAUUUCCCUGCAAGGGUGGAUAUCCCUUUUUCAUAGCAUUUAUCAUCAUUCACACAGUUCCCGCCUCAUAACCCAGACCAAGUGCUCGACACCCUAACCCUCAGCAGCUCUCCAGAUCGCUUCACAGCUCUGAGAUACACAACCAUGUUCCUGUCAGGUGACCUGUCUGUUGUCAUGUCUGCUGUGCUUCAAACCAAGCAGUUGUGUAACCGGUGUACUUAAGAUUUAUUAUUGUAAGGGUGUUAACAAUGUCCUUAUGGAUAUAGAAACUCCAGAUAAAAUGACAUGGCAUUUCAGGGUAAGACCAGGGUGAGCACUAGUCUCUACAGAAACUUCCACAGUGCAAUUGAUGUAAAAAAGUAAUUGUUUGAGACGCAUUAAAGUGCAUGUGGAUUAUUGUGAAAAUGAAUGGAUGCCCUCAACUGAUGUGUCUGAGCGGCACAUGAAUCCAGUCUCUUCUGUGGGAGAUCCUCGUAUGUGAAGUGUUGUGUGUCCUGCAGGGUGGAGACUGAAACGAUGCUUACAGGAACUAUGAUUAUAAAGUCUUUUAUUACCUUUUUAUAUAAAUUAAUACUGCAAAAUGUUAUAUGUGAAUUUGCUCAAUAAAAUCCUCUAUCAUGAAAAGUUUUGUUG